AUGCUUCAGCGUGUCACAGCGACAGCCACACUGAAGUUAUGGCCUGCUCUUAGUACAGUUAGUCUAAUUAAUUGCUGUCCGAGUGUGAGUGCGUGUGCACCGGUGAUUAGCCGAUAUGGUUCAACAUUCGCAGAUCAACAACGACAAGGAUUCUAUCCGAAUACGGACAUUCCACUUGAAGAGGCAUGGCAUCGUCGAAGGGAACUGAGGAAACCAAAAAUGCAACGAGAUGAACGAGUGAAGCCAAAAUUGUACUAUGCACCAGAGUGGGAUUUGGACAAGAAACCAAAUGGCGACGAAGGUUAUCCGGACCCACUUAAAGGCUACGGAAUGACUCCAGAGAAAUGGGAGUAUCAGAAUAAGGUAGUGUGGCCACCUAAUUACGUGAACCCCGAGACAGGUCUUCCAAAAUUACGAGAAGUUUAUCACUGUCGAGAAUCGAUACAUUUCAGUCCGAAACGCAUGUGGACAACAUGCCAGUUAGUGUGGAGAAUGAACGUGGAUGAGGCGAUUUUACAGUUAAAAUUUCAAAAUAGAAAGGGGGCCGAUAUUUUAAAGGAAAUUCUCGAAGAAGCUAAAGAACGUGCCGAGAAAGAAUUUCACAUAGAGUUUCCAUCGCAAAUGCAUGUUGCCGAAGCAUUUCCAAUUCAGUCGGAAAUAAUCAAAGGUGCUCGACGACACGCACACGAAAUGUGGCAUACGAUUCGAUAUCGUUACAUACACGUUUUUGUUAGACUGGAAGAAGGCGAAGGUCCGGGUGUGAAAGGAAGGCUGAAACCGAAGGAUGGAUGGGAGAAAAUGGAGGAAUAUUACGCUUAUUUAAGGAGUCGACAAAUCAAAUAUUCUAUCUGA